UAACACUCAGGCACCUGGGAUCCCUGAGUCUUCCCAGGGACCCAGGAAAGGAGUCGGGGUCAGUCAAGGGUGUUUGGACCCUGGGGAAAGGAGAGCAGUUACUGGUGUGGGCAAGUGGGGCUUCCGGACACGAGAACUCGGAGUACUGGAGGACCUGGGUGUUCUGCCACCCCAGUGGAUUUCGGGCAUGGGCUGGGGUCCCAUCUGGAAGGGCCGGCCGGUGAUCUGUUGGCCCGGGCUCAACCUCAGGCCCGGAAAGGUCCAGGUGCCAGUCGUCAGUUGAGCCUUUCAUUGGCUUUUUCUUUGCCCUCCCCCGCCCCCAUGACCUCUGACCCUUCUGUUGGGCCGUCCGAUUGGUUGCCCGGCGUUCCCCUGGCGUCUCAUUGGCUCUUCUCUCUCGCCCUCCAUCCCUGCUCCUGCACCGGUCUCCGUCUCCCAGCAGAAGGCGCAGCCAUGAAUCCGUUAUUCGGUCCCAACCUCUUCCUCCUACAGCAGGAGCAGCAGGGACUGGCCGGGCCGCUGGGGGAACCCCUGGGAGGCGACCACUUCCCCGGCGGAGGGGACGUGCCCCCGGUGCCGCUCGCUCCGGCCGGCCCGGCUGCUUACUCGCCGCCCGGGCCGGGCCCGGCGCCCCCCGCCGCCAUGGCGCUCCGCAACGACCUGGGCUCCAACAUCAACGUGCUCAAGACCCUGAACCUCCGGUUCCGCUGCUUCCUGGCCAAGGUGCACGAGCUGGAGCGCCGCAACCGGCUGCUGGAAAAGCAACUGCAGCAGGCGCUGGAGGAGGGUAAGCAGAGCCGGCGGGGCCUGGCUCGCCGUGACCAGGCCGUGCAGACCGGCUUCGUCAGCCCCAUUCGGCCCCUGGGCCUUACCCUGGGCGCCCGGCCGGCCGCCGUCUGCACCCCGUCGGCGCUGGUGCUGGGCUCGCCCGCGCGCUCGCCAGCCGGUCCGCUCGCGCCCUCCUCGGCCUGCCACUCAUCGCCCUCCACUUCCACCUCCGCCGGCUACUCCUCGUCGGCCCGCUUCAUGCCCGGCACCAUCUGGUCCUUCUCUCACGCCCGCCGGCUCGGGCCGGGACUGGAGCCCACCCUAGUGCAAGGGCCUGGCCUGUCGUGGGUGCACCCCGAUGGGGUGGGCGUCCAGAUCGACACCAUCACCCCCGAGAUCCGCGCGCUCUACAACGUGCUGGCCAAAGUGAAGCGUGAGCGGGAUGAAUACAAGCGGAGGUGGGAAGAAGAGUACACGGUGCGCAUACAGCUGCAAGAGCGAGUGAGCGAGCUCCAGGAGGAAGCCCAAGAGGCUGAUGCCUGCCAGGAGGAGCUGGCGAUGAAGGUGGAGCAGUUGAAGGCUGAGCUGGUGGUCUUCAAGGGGCUCAUGAGCAAUAACCUGUCAGAGCUGGACACGAAGAUCCAGGAAAAGGCCAUGAAGGUGGACAUGGACAUCUGCCGCCGCAUCGACAUCACUGCCAAACUGUGCGACGUGGCUCAGCAGCGCAACUGUGAGGACGUGAUCAAGAUGUUCCAGAAGAAGCUGUCUCUGCACUUGUCUCCCAUUAAGGUCCCAUCCAUGGGGGGGCGGAAGCGGGAGCGCAAGGCUGCCAUCGAGGAGGACACCUCCCUGUCGGAGAGUGGCGGGCCCCAUCAGCCCGAUGGGGAUGAGGAGGAGAGCACAGCCUUCAGCAUCAACGAGGAGAUGCAGCGUAUGCUCAACCAGCUGAGGGAGUAUGAUUUUGAGGACGACUGUGACAGCCUGACUUGGGAGGAGACUGAGGAGACCCUGCUGCUUUGGGAGGAUUUCUCAGGCUAUGCCAUGGCAGCUGCAGAGGCCCAGGGAGAGCAGCAAGAGGACAGUUUGGAGAAGGUGAUUAAAGAUACUGAGUCCCUGUUCAAAACCCGGGAGAAAGAAUAUCAGGAAACCAUUGACCAGAUAGAGCUGGAGCUGGCCACGGCCAAGAAUGACAUGAACCGGCACCUGCACGAGUACAUGGAGAUGUGCAGCAUGAAGCGAGGUUUGGACGUGCAGAUGGAGACCUGUCGCCGGCUCAUCACGCAGUCUGGGGACCGAAAGUCUCCUGCUUUCACUGCGGUCCCGCUUAGCGACCCGCCGCCACCGCCAAGUGAGACUGAGGACUCCGAUCGUGAUGUCUCAUCUGAUAGCUCCCUGAGAUAGGGACCUCCCUCCAGCCCGGCUCCCCUGGGCCCACCCGGCUGGGAACUCACCAGGCAGAGGGUUGGGGGCUUAUGGAAGGGAAGCAUCAUCUGUCCUGCUGCACAAGCCUGGCUCUGGGGCCUGCGGCUCCUCCCUUGCCUUCCUCCCUUGGUCCUUGGCCUGGGGUGUCUGGAGCGAGGCUUAGCCUGCCCUUCCUGGGCGACCCCAGCUCACCUGGGGCACUCCUGCCUUCUUGCGUGGGUGUCUGCUACUUUCUCAUAUUUAAAAUGCUGCCAAGCGAUUGGGACCCCUGACCUUCUCCGCUAAGGAAUGUGAUUGUCAGAUCUUCCUUCCAUCCCUGUGGCCUCUAGAGCCUGCUUGAUGUCUGAUUCCGCACUGGUGCUAACCGACCCAGGCACUGGUAUGAAGUGGGUCAGGCCGAACUUUCCCUGGUGUGUGCAGCAUGUGGCAGGGGAGGGCUUCCCCUUCUGUUUCAGGUGGAGGAGGCGGGACUGGGCAGGGCUCUAUGUCCUCCCUCAGGGUCGGCUGCUGCUGACAGCAGUGAUGUGGCUAUGACCCCUUUCCUGGAAGUGCCGUACAUUAAAGGGGCCUCGUGCCCCGUUCUAGAUGGCAUCUGGGUUUGACUGGGUGCGGUAUUGUGGAGGGAGAUGGAAGCUCGUCUUCUAGUCACUGCUGAGUGACAAGAGAAUGUGAAGCUACUUCACGUGUGUGUGUGCAUGUGAGUGUACGCAGGUGGGUGUGUACAUUUAUUUGGUGUGCAUGCCCAUGGGUGUGCGGGUGCACAUGUCCUCAGGGUCUCAGUCUCUGUAAGUAUCAGCUGAAGAUGUGUCCUUCCAUGUCUGUCGUACACUGAGACCAACAUGCUGAGUAAGAGGUCCUUGGAAAGGGCUGGAGAAGUUGGGAGAUGCGACUGAUGACACCUCAGCAUAACUGCCAGCGGGGGGCGAUGCUGAGCUGACAUUUGAAUGGAAUCUUUAAUAAUAAUGAAACUGGAGAGUAUCGAACA